CGACUUGUGACGCGUUAUCAUUGCGUCCAGAACGCACACACAGGUCCUCUAUGUAUGGUACGAGUUGACAGCUGACUGCAAACAACAACAACAAACAACUUGUAACUGCAACAAAGUCCUCCAGCCUCCACCCAAUGCUCCAAACACCAUGAACACCGUGCAUAAACACUGGAAGGAGGCGUCGACCCUUAUCCUCGCUGCCGGGACAAAGUGCUCCUCCAGCCCGAGUAGGUCAUGGGGAGCUGCCUGCUGGAACCACAAGGUUUUGCUACUUAAACGGAGCACCCAGAGCCGCUUCAUGCCCGAAGCCUACGUGUUCCCGGGAGGGAUGGCCGAUCCGUCAGACUUCUGCAGCGAGUGGCUCGGUGUCUUCCACGCCUUCAGACACAAGCCCAACCUGGGGCUGGGGGUCGUGAAGCAGCCGGCGGAGACCAGACCUCCCAUGUUCGCCAUGGACCGGCGGGAGCUGGGCUCCCCUAUCCCUGGAGACGUCGCCUUCCGGAUCUGCGCCUUGAGGGAGACCUUCGAGGAGUGCGGGGUCCUCCUUGUCAUUCCCAAACGGAAGGAGAUGGACGUGUUAAGGUCCGCGGAACACAUAGGUGACCAUCCGCCCGAUUUACCCGCAGGUCUGACGCAAGUAUCCGACAUCUGCGACCGGACUAUUCUGACCCGAUGGAGGGCUCUGGUGAAUGAAAACCCUUCAAACUUUAUUAAGAUGUGUCAGGAACUGGAGCUGAUGCCCAACAUCUGGGCUCUGCAUGAGUGGGGUAACUGGCUGACGCCUACGGCAAGGUCCGGCAAUCGAUACGACACCGCCUUCUACAUCUGCUGUUUGUCGGAUGUCCCGUUCACCGUUCAAGAUGAUAAGGAGAUCGUACACAUUAAGUGGGCGACGCCCCCCGAGGUGCUCCACAGCUACAGGGCCAAGGAGAUGUGGAUCGCUCCGCCGCAGUUCUACGAGCUGAGCCGUUUGUGUCACUACCCAUCGCUGAGCGAGCUGCACACGUUCGCCAGCCAGCGCUCUCAGGAGGGCUGUGAACACUGGCUCCCUGUAGUGCUAAAGACAGACACCGAGCUACUCAGCCUGCUACCUGGAGACAAGCUGUAUCCAGAGACAGGGAUCUCCACACAGACCCUGGACUCCACAAUACUGACAGACCCCGGGCUUGGGGGUGACGGGGCGUUGGAGACAGGCCUCCACCGCUUAGUCUUACAGGACGCCUACAGCACUUCGGUCCAGAUCUCCAUCACCCCCAAAUACAAACACCUCUCCCCCCUCCCUGUCCCGGCACCCCAGCACCCUAGUGAACUCAAAGACGACAUCACGAGGAACCAUUAACCUUUGACCUAAUCUCUUGUCUAUAUUAUUUGAACUCUGAUUAAUGUCCUCCAUCACAAUAAAGAACAGAGAUCUUUUUUUUUUUUAAGUUCCAGAUGCUGAUGAUCAGCUUUCUAAUCAACAGAUCAGUUGAAAAAAUGAGGCCUCAGUUGCUAUGAAGCUAAGCCAAACUAACAGAUCAUUUUCUGCUUCUACUCCUGAAUAUUUAUUUUACUCUGUUCUUAGUCUGUUUGAGGGACUGGAGUUUGAGUGGUUUUAAAUGUUCUAAUCAUAUGUUACAUGUAUUAACAUGAUGUUAAUAUUUUAUUUAUACCAAUAAUUUAUAUAUAUAUAUAUAUAUAUAUAUAUAUAGCUCACCAUUUACAUGGUGUUCUGUAGCACUAUCUGCUGGUCAGAUAUUAUCAGUGCAGCUUGCGGACCGGCAUUUGCGCUGACGAUAUUCGACCAGCAGAUAGUGCUGGACGCAGCAGUUUGCAGUAUUCCUAAACGGACACUUUUUUUGGAGAUUGUAGUAGUAUUGAGCGUUUUUCAAAAUAGAAAAAAAAAAAAUCAUAUAGGCCUACUUCUGCAAUGGCAAAACAACUCCCUCUCUAUGGCUCUGCUCAAGUCUAUUUGUAUUGAUUGAUGUUUGUAGAAAUAGUUAUAAUAAUCCCGCCAGUUUCUUUCAAAACCAGCCCAAAUUGUAUUUACCCGUCCAAUGCAAAUUUUCCACGAGAUUAAAAGUAGGGAAAAUCGCCAAA